CACAAUCUUGUAGCUCCAAUACGCGUUGCUUUUUCGCCCUGCAUAUACAUUCAAGCUCACCAUAAUCUCUCCAUCGCCGCUCAGAACCAUACGCAGUUCUGCUUUCUGAAAGUGGUUUUUCAUCGUAUCUUGGAGGAUUGGAUCGGAGAAAAAUGGGAGAGUGCAAGCCUCUGGGAUUCUUGAUAGGCUUGCCCUUUGCUUUCGUUGCCGUGAUUCUGUCACUAGUGGGUGCAGUUGUUUGGGUCCUCGCGACUGUGCUGAGUUGCUUGUGCCCAUGCUGCAUAUGCUGCUUCGGGGUGGCAAAGCUGGCCGUGAGCCUCCUCAAGCUUCCCAUCAAGAUCCUCCGGUGGUUCAUUGAGAAGAUUCCAUGUUGAUUUCUCCCUAUUUGAAUUUUCUCUUCUCCAUUCUCUCUAGUUUUCCCCAUUUUUUCUGUGUAUUGAUUCUGAGAUCCUCCAUGUGAGAUUGCACCGAUUCUUUAUUGUUGAUCA